AUGUCAUACCAAAAUGUUGAAUUCAAUGCUGCAGCAAAAGAAGAAUUUAAAGAAAAAUUUCUAAAUUUGAAAGAAAAAUGGAAAUUGCCAUCUGGGAAUUAUCUUCACAGCUUCAUUCUUGACACGAGUGAUAAAACAGUUAUGAAUUUAUUCAACAAUUCUGAUAGGCUACAUAUUAAAUCUAGUAAUCUUUUCCCAGAACCUGAAUUAAAUGAUGAUAUCAUGGACUUUCUGAAAACUCCACAAGAUUUGAGAAAGAUAGUUAACAAUGGCAUUAAUUUAACUACCUACAAUCCAAAAAAUGAUUUUGAUAAGCACUACAUACAUGGAGUAUUUUCAAAUUUGGGAGAAGGUUGCUCUCGUGCUUCAGGACAAAUGAUGAAUGCUAAAAGAAAAAGCCCCAAAAAAAGAAAGAAGAUGGGUAGGAAAUGUGAUGGAAUUCUUCGUGAAAGAGGUGCAUCUAAUGAGUAUGCCGUGAUUGAAGAAGGAAAAGAAUGGGAUGGCAAAGAUGGAACUAAAUAUUUGGCAGAUGGAUCUAUAAAGUUACCUAAACAUUUAGUAAUGGAUAUACCUUCAGGCAGUGUUUGCAGGCUUCGUAGAUAUCCCAUUACAAAAGUUCCAACAAGUUUGGCUGAUGUGGAUGAACUAAUUAAAAUGAUACACAGCAUGUUAAUUGCUAAGUUAUGUCUUAGAAGAUGUUUAGAAUUAACAA